AAUACUUGCAGCCUCGCCAACCUGACUUUCACAUGUCGCUCGCCAUUUUACACCCUCUGCUGCUUCUGCACAUAGCCGAACACCAGACUCGCGUCAACGGCCCGGUCGCUGGCGGCAUUCUCGGAGUAUACGAUUCGGAAUCGCAGACGUACGCCUUGUUCCUCGGAUUCGAAAUCGACACCACCGACGGGCUUCAAGACCGCCUGGCCCUCUUCUACGAGGUGUAUCCGCACUUAGAGCUGCUAGGGUCAUACCAGACGGCGGACCACGACACAAUAGAGCUCCCGACAAGAAUAGCGCCAGUGUCACUGCGUGUGAACGGCACGCCCAGCGCAUUUGUCGAAGGAAAGUCGAUCAAAAUCGAGAUCAAGCCGACCGCGUUCGAAGAAAUUGGUCUCAGCACAAUCGCCGCUGCAGACACGUCGCAGAAGUCGGCGACGCAGCUGGCCAACGACGCUAAAACAGGCCUCCACACGUUCCACACCCGCAUCGCCAACAUCCAAACAUUUCUGCGCACGCUCGCCUCUCGCAGACCCACCCCCGAUGAGUACAACAAGCUGCGCCAGAUCAAUGAACUGAACACACAGCUGGCCC